CUCUCCUCUCUCAGAAAGAAACUCUUGCCAUAUGAAACUUGACUUGUGAAAGUGACAUUCAAAGAGAGAGAGAUAACGCAUUUCACACUUCUCUUUCUCUCUCUAGAAUUCUCUUCCUCCCUCCCUCCCUCCCUCCCUCCUAUAAGUCUUUGUUAAAAGCGGUUUUUAUGCAUUUUUCUUCUUCUUUCUGGUGUUUGUGGUUCCUAUUAUUUCUCCUAAUUGCUUUCUGCUUCCCUUCUCAUUUUCUUGUUACUGUACUCUCUCUUUCUCAAACAAAUCACUCCCUCUGCAAAAUUCAUUUCUUUUUCCCAAUUUCCACUGUCUACCCAUUUAUCUUUUUGUCUUGGGCUCCCCUGUUAUGAUCUUUUGUGCCAGCAUUGAGCUCUGCUUCUCUGUUUUGAAUAAUUUUGUCAUUGCAUGAUUGGCUUCAUUUUUCGUUCUCAAUUGAUUUGUUUAAUCCUCAAGCUUGAUCUGGACAAGGACUGCUGUUUUGGGCGCUCCAGUGAAGAUUUGGAGCUCAAUUUGUUAUUGUAUUUGGUGAUGGUUUUGGGAUUUGGAUUGAGCAAGUAAAAGGCUCUGGCAAUUUCAUUUCGUUUUUGCUUCUCGGUGGAUUGCGUGAUUCAAGCUUUUCGAUGUGGCUAAGGCAAAUCUAAGCUACAGUUUGAUUUUCAGGCAGUGAGUUCAAAAGGGGUGAUUUGGUUUGUUGAUACCAUCAUUGGUCUGUGACCUCAAAGGACUUUUGGGUUCUUAACCAGUCAGUUCUUACGGAUCCAUCUUCUGAAAAUAGUGGGAGCUAUCGUUUGGUUGGUCUGGAGUGCAUAUUAGAUAUUAUCAGGGCCCUCAGAAUGGGGUCCUGCUUGUCUGCAGAAAGCAGGAGCCCUCGCCCUGGUUCGCCUUCCUCUCCUGCUUUUGGGAUCAAGAAGAGGAAUUCGAAGAAGCGACCAGGGUCUCGGAAUUCUUCUUUUGAUUAUAGAAGGGAGGAGCCACUUCAUAGGAUUCCUGGGAGAUUGUUCUUAAAUGGGUCCAGCAAUAUUGCUUCACUGUUUACACAACAAGGCAAGAAAGGGACCAAUCAGGAUGCCAUGAUUGUUUGGGAGAACUUUGGAUCUAGGACAGAUACAGUGUUUUGUGGAGUUUUUGAUGGCCAUGGUCCUUUUGGUCAUAUGGUCGCUAAAAGAGUGAGGGAUCACCUUCCCCUGAAACUAAGUGCUCACUGGAAAGUCAACAUAACCAGUGAAGAUGUUCUCAAAGAGAUUAGCCUUAAUACUGCUGGAAGCAUGAACUCUGAAGACACUGCAUUUAUAUCUGCUGAUGAAGAAUCUAGGGCCUCCGUUGAUCUUGAGGAAACUGAAAAGCAUCCAGAGAUUUUUCAGACACUGAAAGAGUCAUUUCUCAAGGCUUUCAAAGUCAUGGACAGGGAAUUGAGAGUGCAUGCAAAUAUUGAUUGCUUUUGCAGCGGUACAACAGCAGUUACAUUGGUCAAGCAGGGUCAAUAUCUUGUUGUUGGUAAUGUUGGGGACUCCAGGGCUGUACUGGGUACAAGGGACAAGGAUGACUCUCUUGUUGCAGUUCAAUUGACUGUUGAUCUCAAACCAAAUCUUCCAGCGGAAGCGGAAAGAAUACGGAAGUGUAAAGGGCGUGUUUUUGCCCUUCAGGAUGAACCUGAGGUAGCUAGGGUCUGGCUACCCAACAAUGACUCUCCUGGCCUUGCUAUGGCACGAGCAUUUGGAGAUUUUUGCUUGAAGGAUUUUGGCCUUAUCUCUGUGCCCGAUAUAUCCUUCCAGCUCCUAACUGAUAAGGAUGAGUUCAUAGUUUUGGCAACUGAUGGGAUUUGGGAUGUUCUCUCAAAUAAAGAAGUGGUAGACAUUGUAGCAUCAGCCCCAGCACGUUCCUCUGCCGCAAGAGCCUUGGUUGAGUCAGCAGUUCGAGCGUGGAGAUACAAGUAUCCAACCUCCAAAGUCGAUGAUUGUGCUGUAGUUUGUCUCUUCCUGGACACUAACAAUGUAUCCACCGCAUCAAACACUAAUACAAAAGAGAAGCCUAAUUCAGUACAAGCUGACAUUGACGGUCUGAAAGAGGAUGAUCCCUCUGGUCCAACUGGACUGGGGCGAUCAGGAACUGUACGGAGUGGCAAAGAGGUACUGUUAGAAGGAAGUGCAGAAGAGGAUUCCUCAAACCAAGAUGAAACACAAAUAGACUCUGGGAUAGAUUGGUCUGCACUAGAAGGAGUUUCUCGCGUCAACACCCUGUUAACUUUGCCAAGGUUUGUGCCUGGAAAGGAUGAUAAAAAGGCUGCAGGAGAGAAGAAAAAGACUCAGAAAUGACAAAGAAAGGUUUUGUUAAUCCUGGAUUUUCUCAAUUGAUUUAUAUUCUUUCUUUUUCCUUAAUUCUGCAUGGUUUUUUUUUUUUUUUUGACAGAAAGGGGGUAAAUGUUUGUAGGGCCAUUAAAUGAUAAAAUUUGGACAGGAGAGGCGGGCCCGGCUAUAUUAGUGCCUGGGAAAUCAUCCUUUCUCUCUCUAGUGUGGGUAGAAUUGGAAUUUUUGUAAAUCCAACUCUCCGUCUACUUUCUUGUCUUUUCUUUUGGUCUUUGAUUUUGCAAAAUGCAAUGUGUGAUCUGUUGUUUUUUUUU